UACUAAAUAUAUUUAAUUUCGAAGACUUUUAAAACAAGCACUCAAAGAACAUUAUUAAGGUUUUACUAUUCCCCUUAAUUCCCUAUUUCUAACUAAGCCAUAAUAUUCACACACGUUUCUCAAUCAAAUUCUUCAAACAAGAGAUUGAUUGAAAACAAAAAAUGUGCCCUCUGAGGGUUCUUCUGAUUUUCUUGUCCGCAACUCUCGCCGGAUUCUUCGUUCUCAGAAAUUUAAGAUCUCAACCAAAGAUCGAUGAUGAUGAAGUUGCUGAUUCAACUCUUCCAUCAAACCCUAAAAUCUUAGAUUCUUCAAAUGCUGCAUCGGAUGGAAAUUCCAAGGUUUGGAAUGCGUUAGAAUCUGGGUUUUGGACCUUUGUUGAUAUGGCUAGUGGCCGUUAUCUUUGGAGGCACGUGGUUUCAUCAUCUUCUUCAAAGCGCUCCAGCUGAUGAUGUGUUGUUGGUGAUUGCAAAUUUGCGUAUCGGGUGAUUGAUCAAUAUCAAUGUCAUUAGUCUUUGAUAUUGUAAUAUUUGCAGCAAUUUGCACAUCUUUGUAAUCUGUGUAUCAUAUCUGUUGUUCAUAGUAUUUUGUUGUUGGUUAUGAAAUUUGCAAUACAAAUAAUGAUGAUGAUGAUGAUGAUGAUGAUAAUGAUGAUCUUGAUAGAUGUCAAACAUAUAGAUAGUGUGUACUUUACUGUUUCUGUUGUGGAUGUGAGAUGUUUCUUGUUUUCAUGUGAAGUUAUAGAUUUCAAUAUGGGUACUUUCUUUUA